AUGUUCUUCAGGGGAGGAAUCUGGCUUUGGUUAUGUAUCAGAACAGGUGUCAUUCUGGGAAAUGAGCUAAAUAUCCCAGAGCGACACGGUACAAAUCAUUGUUACCAACUUAACAGGUUUCACUGCAGCUACGAGGAAGCAGAAAAUCACUGUCAUGUCCAGGGGGGACACCUUGCUUACACUUGGAACCUGGAAGUCCAGAAUCUUCUCUGGGACUCUCUAGAGGAAGGGAGUAAGUGGUGGAUUGGGCAAAAUCUAAAGCACCUGGGAAAACAUCAAGAGAAAAACAACCCAGGUAUCGUGGGUCCCCGGCCCCUGGAGCUGCCCAGCUGCACUUACAUGUCCAGAAACUCCAACUGGAUCUCAUCAAAAGUGGACUUGUGCCCCCUGGAACAUUCUUUCAUUUGCCAGGCUGAUGCCUUUCCAGACCAAGAUGAAAGACAUGGAAUGAAUUCUCAUUUACACGGGAGACCCGAGAAGACAAGAGGAGAAGUCCCAAUAAUGAGAAGCAGAAGGACCGCAGCCACGUAUCCUGCAGCUGCCUGUCACCACCCCAUUCGCGCUAAUCUUUCCAAGAUCCUGUGUCUUCCCAUCAGCCCAUUUCCUUCAGCACUCCCCACAGUCACAGUGACCUCAGUGCCUACCAGCCAGCCUCUCCCUGGCACGCUGGAGCUCACCAGACCGGAGCUUGAAACACAGGCCGGGCAAGCUGUGGUUGAGGCGACCUCAAGCCGCAGAGAGGACUCCCAGGCAGAGGUCUUUACCACUAACCUACAGACGUCACUUCAGGACGCAUCUGAUCAGGUCAUAAACAAGAAAGCAGGGAACAUGAGCAAAGUGAUUUAUGGUUUACAAACUCACAGCAAACUACAGACAGCUUGUGAAAUGCUCCAGAAACUGACAGCCUUUAUCCCAGGAAUUUCUAAGUCAGCUCAGGUCAGUGUCCUCAGUCCACUUGGUGACCCGAAUGGGCAGUUACCUGGGAGCGCAUAUGAGAGCAACAGCAGUCUGGGCUUCAAAAACCCCAUGACUGUCUGCCUCAUUCACUCCCUUGACGAUGUCGUGGAAGCUGGUGAAGCCAGUCUGCAAAGAUCCAAGCAUGACAUUGAGCAGGUAGAAAAUAUGCUGGAAAUGGCCUUGCUGGCCCUUGGAAAGAUCCAAGAAGUAUUUAUACAGCAGAUCCGGGUUUCUGAGUCUUUAGUGACUAUGACCUCUUCCAUUGCUACUCUGAUGCUGAGCAGCCAAAACAUGUCAACCUGGCCUCUGAGCUCCUACAGUCUCUGGUCCCCAGCACCUGUGAGGUUAGUCUUUCCAUCAACCUCAGCUUUGCAAGAGCUCUUGAACAGACACCCAGGAGUUAAUGUCCAAGUAACAGGACUAGCUUUCAAUCCCUUCAGGGAUUUUGAUGACAAGAACAUUGUUGGAAGCAUCGGAAGUGUGUUGCCAAGCUCUAAUCAUAAAUUGUUCCAAGUCGAUGACUUAAUAGAAGAUAUCGAGAUCAUGCUGUGGAGAAAUGUUAGCAUGGAAAGCCAUCACACCAGUGUCAACGUGAGCUCAGAUCAUUUUAUUAUUGUAGUGAACAUCACUUUCCUGGAGAAAUCCCUGAUUGUAUGCAUAGAGCCUGAAAGUCGCCUUUUAAUGACACUCUACCUGGGGUUCCAGUAUCAGCCGAACCACACCCACUUUGACCUGAACGUCACGCUUCCAAAGACUCAGGUGUGGCAAAAAGCUGAGGAAUAUACAUGGGUGCUGAGCCCAGAGAGCCUGCGGCAUGGGACCGGCACCUACCACGUGAUGGCCACAUGGAAUGAAAGCAAAGAGAGCGCCCGGCAGACACCCGCCCGGUUCUCGGUGGUGACGGCCGUCACGCAGUGUUAUUUCUGGGACAGCCACAACAGCAUGUGGAAGAGCCGUGGAUGCCACGUUGGGCCACAGAGCACGGUUUUGAGGAGGACGCAGUGUCUCUGUAACCGCCUGGCCUACUUCAGCAGGGACUUCUUCAUUGUGCCCCGGACCGUGAACAUUAAGGACACGAUCAAGCUGUUCCUUCACGUGACCAACAACCCUGUUGGGGUGUCUUUGCUGGCCAGCCUUUUAGGAUUCUAUAUACUCACGUGUGUGUGGGCUUGGAGAAAGGAUCAAGCAGACAUGCAGAAGGUGAAGGUCACUGUCCUAGCCGAUAAUGGCCCCAGCUCUCAGUUUCACUACCUGCUUCAGGUCUCCACUGGCUAUCGAAGAAGGGCUGCCACAACAGCUAAGGUGGUUAUCACCCUUUAUGGAUCAGAGGGACGGAGUGAGCCCCAUCACCUUUGUGACCCCCAGAAGGCAGUCUUUGAGAGAGGGGGACUGGACGUCUUCCUCCUCACCACCCAGUCCUCCCUCGGGGAGUUGCACGGCCUACAGCUCUGGCAUGACAACUCGGGGGCCAGCCCUUCUUGGUACGUAAACCAGGUCACUGUCAGUGACCUGGCGGUGAAAUGGUACUUCCUGUGCAACUGUUGGCUGGCGGUGGACCUCGGAGAGUGCGAGCGUGACUGGGUCUUUGUGCUCUUGAAGAAAGAGCUCUUUUCCUUUAGACACCUGUUCUCGUCCCUCAUUGUAGAGAAGCUCACCCAGGACCAUCUGUGGCUCUCGGUCUUAACGCGACAUCCCUGGAACCGGUUUACGAGCGUCCAGAGACUCACUUGUUGCCUGACGUCGCUGCUGUACGACAUGGUGGUCAAUGUCAUGUUCUGGAGGAGAAGCAGCAGCACGGCUGAGAGAGACGAGCCAGUGGGUCCGUUUCCUGUGACCUGGUCCCAGCUGCUCACCAGCAUCCAAACUGCUGUCCUUCUCUUCCCCGUCAAUCUUAUAAUUGGGCGCCUCUUCCCGCUGAUCCAGCCACACAAACCCCUGCCUCUCUUUCCUCCCAGACAAGUCUCCUGCCUCCCAGAGGCUCCUUUUGAGCCUCUGUCUCUCACAGAGGUGGCUGAGGAAUUGAAGGAAACGGUGGGAUUCCUGCUCAGGAGAAACACCUACCUACUCUCAGAGUGAGAACAAUCUUUAUGGGCGUCUCACAGCAUUAACAAGAUGGCACAGCUUUUAGCCAGCCUCGUCUCUUCUCACUUGGAGGGUCCCGGCUCUCCUCAGCGGGCAGGACCCCAUCCGGCAAAUGUGGUUCCUGAAAGCCACCAUCAUCUUUCCCGUUACCUGCUCGGAGUUCUGCAGCGGCUGCAGUCGCAUUUACGCACCCUGGGUCCCACCCAGGCGGACCGGCCUCGUGACGUCCUCUAUGCCACCAACCGACUGCAAAAACUCCAGGAGCUCUUGGAAACACGUAUUCUUCCCACAGAGCAGGGGCCCUCCAGGGAGGCCACCAGUUUCCCCAUCCUGAGCCCAGAAGAAGGGAGGAAGUCCAUGGCUCACGGCCUGCACCGAGGGUUGACUUACCUCUGCUGGCUCUUCCUGGGCGUCACUAGCCUGGCUGCAGCCUUUUUUACUGCACUCUAUAGCUUGGAACUGACCAGAGAGCAGGCCACCAGCUGGAUUAUGUCAGUGAUGUUAUCCGUGCUUCACAACCUCGUCAUCAGCCAGCCUGUCAAGGUACAUGAAAAUGGGCGUCCCAGCAUGGGGGGGGGGGUUCAAAUCCUCUUCCUUACCUUGUUGAUGACUACAGUCUACUCAGCACAGAACUCGAAUAGGUUUUACCUCCAUCAAGUGAUCCAGAGGAGCUUUUCCCAUCGUCUCUCAGAGAUCAGACUUCCGAAGCAUUUCUACCUGUGGGCCAAUCGCACCCUCCUUCCUAACCUGUAUGGGGAUUACAGAGGAUUUAUUGCUGAUGGGAACUCCUUUCUUCUGGGCAAUGUUCUGCUUCGUCAGAUUCGCAUUCCUAGUGCCGUACUCCUUCCAACUGGAGUGUCUCCCCAAGAACAAGCGAAGCCAUCUCCUCAAGAUCAGGAGGAUACAGAGAACUAUGGAGUAAACUGGGGCCCGCCUGAUAUAAACGUCACAAAAUCAGAGAGCAUUUGGCAUUAUCAGAAUCAAGAGAUAGCGGGGGGCUGUCCUGUCCAAGGGGAAUUUGCCACUUACUCAGGAGGAGGGUAUGUUGUGAGACUUGGAAGAAGCUCCCGUACUGCUAUCAGAGUUCUGCAGCAUCUUGAACAGAGCCACUGGCUUGACCAUUGCACCAAAAGCCUCUUUGUGGAAUUUGUGGUCUUCAAUGCUAACGUGAACCUGUUCUGUGUAGUGACCCUGAUUUUGGAGUCCAACAAUGCAGGUGUGUUCUUCCCCUCACUGAGGCUGGACACUUUAACUUCCCUUCAGGCAUCAAAGAAGGACUUUGCCUGGUCUCUCAUCUCGCAAGUUAUCUAUAACCUACUAGUCUGUUACUAUGCCUUUGUACAGGGUCAUCGGCUGAAACAACAGAGGUAGUUCUUCUCUAGGAAGAGAAACAUUCUGGAUGUGAGCAUAAUCCUCAUUAGCUUUGUCCUCCUGGGUCUUGACAUGAAGCGUACUUCUCUGCAUAAGAAAAACAUGGCGCAAUACCACUAUGACCGGGACAGGUUCAUCAGCUUUUACGGGGCAGUGAAAGUAAACUCAGCCAUCGUUCACCUCAUGGGCUUCCUGGUCCUGUUGGCAGCUAUUCAGCUUUGGAACCUGCGGCACCAUAACCUCAGGCUGCAGGUCAUCGGGAGGACACUCGGCAAAGCCUGGGACGAGGUGGUGGGCUUCUUGCUGGUCAUCCUGAUCCUGCUCACAGGCUGUGCCACUGCUUUUAACCUGCUGUUUGGUUGGAGCAUAUCUGACUACCGAACUUUCUUCAGCUCAGCAGUGACUGUUGUUGGCCUCCUCCUGGGAAUCUCUCAUCCAGAGGAGGUUAUUGCUUUAGACCCAAUCCUGGGAUCCUUUCUGAUUCUCACCAGUGUCUUCCUGAUGCUACUUGUGAUCAUUAACCUUUUUGUUUCGGUGAUUCUCAUGGCCUUUGGUAAAGAAAGAAAAUCCCUUAAGGUAGGAAGGUAACACUGACUCGGUAAGUGAAAUAUAAACUUGUCAUGAUUUUAUCAUUAGAAAAACUCAACUGCUGCUGCUCCUAAGAUCAUAGACUGACCUAAUGCACAGAAUCAGCUCAGUCCCUUCAUGAAUCUCCAUAGCUUGGGCAACCAUUUUAACAGAACGCCCAGUUUAUAGGACAUCCACUGUCUUAUAAAUAGCUGUUCCUCAACUGUGAAGUAGCAGAAACACUCCAGUGCCUGACAGUAGAUCAUUACAGGAACAGUAUGUUUACCAUUAAUCCUAGUUUUUAAAUCUUUUGGUCCAUUUUCCCUCUCAACAAUGGCAUCAAUUUUAAUUCCCUCACUUUUCUCCUUUUGUGUAGGAGACAACUUUGAAAGAAGAUGGAGAUGGUGCUACAGAAACUCACCAGUUUACUAGGAAGCCAGCGGCACCAGAACACGUGAGCAAACAGCCCUGACCGCAGCGGGCAGGAACACUGCGGCUUUAAAAGAUGGACGGUCUUGGGCGCCUGGGUGGCUCGGUCGGUUAAGUGUCUGCCUUGAGCUCAAGUCAUGAUCCCAGGUCCUGGGAUUGAGCCCGUCUGGCUCCCUGCUAAGUGGAGAGCUCACUUCUCCCUCUCCCUACCUUUGUAGGGUAUAGUUCAGGAAAUUACUGGUUUAAUACACUGUUAAUCUUGUAGUCACUGAGGAGUCAAACUCUCCUUGGCAGCAGGUUCUUGGGUUUAUGGCCUGCCGUCAGGAAAGGGUUAACACCACCAGAGCGAUACAGGGUAAUCCAGCUCUGCGGCCAAAAAGCAAGAAACACUCACCACCACUGUUUUCAGCGUGGCUGUGGGAAAUACGUAGGAGUCCGAGGUGAGCUCACUGCAGCUCAUUAAAAUCAAAGAUACAAGUGUGAGGUCUGGCUUACGGGCAGCCCUGUCCCGGAGGACUAGACAAGCAAACUCAAAAAUGUUCCCUGGGCUUAAAUACAGAACUAGAAACGGACUCGCUGCUGCUUCAGACACACACACUACCAAAGGAACCAAAGGUAAGCUCUGGAUUAUGCCCAGCAUGGGGCACUUACUUAAAAUACUCUCCACUAAAAUCCAAAUUUGUACCUCCUCACUUGACCAAACAAGUGGAGAAAGCAGGGCACAGAAUUUUUAACUUUAUUAUCAGCUACUGAGCUAUGAGAUACAAACCAGUCAAAAACAUUCAAGUUGGCUGAAACAGGUGUGUACAUGUACACUACACAGAAGCCAGCAUCUUGUCUUCUGAUCCCAGAGCCAUCCCUCCGGGGAAGGGUGGCUGCAGCUAGGGGGUAAAGGAACACGUUAAGUUACAAUAGUAAAGAGUCUCAUCCACCUAGGAAAGUAGUCAACAACCACAGCCACAUGUUUUAUGGGCACCAAAAACUUAUCUAAAAUCAGUUUUUAAAGGUUCUCUUAAUCAUAAAGUUUU